AUGGUCGUACUGUGCGAUUCUGGUCUGAUCUAUGGUUUCCCUAAGGGCAGACUCAUUGAGAUUACUGGUGAGAUUGGCACACAGAAGCUGGGCAUUAGAAGGGAUAUGAAAAUUUGUGAGGUGUUAAGGGAUGAUGAAUGGAGGUUUCGAAGGUGUCGAGAUAGACAUAUCCAGAGCUUAAUUACAGAUUUACAAGCUUUUCAGCUAAAGCUAACUGAUGGAAGAGAUGAAGUGUUAUGGAAGCGAGAUAAUGGAAGCUAUGGCACUACGUUUAUCUCUUCGGAAACUUGGAAUCAAACCAGACAGCGAAAAGAGAAGGUUUCAUGGAGUAAGAUUGUUUGGUUCUCCCAAGGGGUGCCUCGAUUCGACUUUAUCACCUGGCUUGCAAUUAGAGAUAGACUAUCUACUGGUCACAGAUCUAGUCGAUGGGGUCAACCGCAACAUUGUCUCUUUUGUGGCGAACCUGAUGAGACAAGGGAUCACCUCUACUUUGCGUGUCCUUAUACAUCACUCUCUGGCUGA